UAUUUGUGCAACUAAUAAACAAGUUAAUAAUUCUCAGGUUUCUAUGAGAGGAAAACGGAAUUUAUUACUUUGAGGGACUGAUGGGGAUAUCAAAGCUGAUUGGGCUCAUGGCAUCUGCCUUGUUCUUGCUGUUCCUUUUCUUCAAACGCCUUCAGCUGCCAUUUCUUUAUAUACCGAUCCUAUACUCUUCAUUAAUUUCAUUUUUAGUUUCUAUAGCUUCACACCCAUAUGUGAACCUCCCUCUGCUUCUGGGAAAAAGCUCAGAUGGGACAUUCCCACUUUGGACAACACUUUUAUUUGGGCCUUUCCUAUUUUUCAUACGUAUUUUUGUUUUCUUGAGGAGGAGGAUGAUUGGGGAACCAUUGUUUACUGAAAUUUCUGAGGGUUUAUUUGUUGGAGGUUGGCCUUCUUCCUUGGAACAUUUACCACCAGGUAACCCAGCUGUUAUUGAUUGCACCUGUGAGUUACCAAGAUCAUCUGCUCUUUGGCAUAAUGCUUAUAUAUGCAUUGCAACAUGGGAUACUAGAGCCCCUGAACCAUUCCAAAUUGAAUCUGCUGUUCAAUGGGCAUUCAAGAAGAGGGCUCUAAAGAAGCCUGUGUACAUACACUGUGCCUAUGGUCAUGGUAGAAGUGUCUGUGUGAUGUGUGCUCUUCUAGUGACUUUAGGCCUAGCUGAAGAUUGGAAAAAAGCUGAAAAUAUGAUAAAGGAAAAGCGUCCUUCCAUCAAUUUGAAUGAUCUUCACCGCAGAAACUUGGAAGAAUGGUCGAAGAAUCGCAUUACACCCAAGAGAGUUGCAGAAACUGCUCUUAGUUCUUUGUUCCUAUCCAACACAUCUGCGAAAAAGUGAUUGCAGAAAAUGGAAAUAUGUUUUAAUAUGGUUUGAAAAUCAUAAAUUGGAAGUUUUGUGAUUUGCUUUUUGUUUGAUAUAAAUUCUUGACUGUUUUUCUAAGCAUUAUUUGGGUGCUUGAAGUGAUAAUUGUAACUUUUUUUCUUCUUUUCUUGUUAGCCAUCUUGAGAUA